AUGGUCACUACUAAGGUAUAUGGAUUGUGGAAACAGUCGCAGACUGUAACUUCGGAGCUAGCGCAAGAUCCGUCACAGACCCCAGGGACGAUCUUCAAAAAGCUGUACGAUCACCAUGAAGUCCCGCACCCCCAUUUGAAGGAACAUGGAGCCCAUGGGUUAUCCAAAGAGGAAAUUGAGGAAUUUGAAAAGAAAGAUGCUGUACAGAAAGCAUUAGCUUGUGGACAUUGGGGUUCAACAGAGCCCAGUGAACUUUUUCUUCAGAUUUAUCACGAUGUGCUUGGUUCCUUGGAUAAAGAGCCUAGUACGGGAGUUGUGUCUCCCCCGUUGAUCGGGAGCCGAGGCGUCAUUCCCCUCACCAUCAUCGCCCCGUUACCGGAUCUCUGCCGUCAUUUGGGAAAUUGUAUUGCGCGCGCUGAACAUGAAGUGUUUUUGGGUACAAAUUUUUGGAUUCAUUCCGAUGCAGCCACUUUGGUUACAAACGGCAUCCGGGAGUUGAACAGGAGAGCUGGAGAACGGGGCACCAAGGUGGUGAUGAAGAUGGUGUACGAUCGCGGAGACCCGAAGCAAGUCUUGGACAAUCGCCUCGAAGUAAAUGGAGAGCAACGGACAACCGAGAAAGUCAAACUUCCCGCACCGCAUGAGAUCCCGAACGUCGAUUUGAAAGUCAUCAAUUUCCAUCGUCCAGUCUUUGGCACAUUCCACUCGAAGUUCACUGUCAUUGAUCGGCGCAUGUGUCUUCUGCAGAGCAGUAAUAUUCAGGACAAUGAUAACCUAGAGAUGCUUUCUCAUAUUGAGGGGCCGAUUGUCGAUUCUUUCUACGAUGCCGCUCUGUUGUCUUGGGGCAAGCCUCUUGAUCCUCCUCUGCCUCUUUUGAACUCUCCGGCCGAAUCUGCUCCUAUCCCCGCUCACCAUGGAGAGCAGAAGCUGGAUCCUACGGAGGAUUUGCCCGCAGACUUGACCGAAAAUACGUCAGAGACGCCUCGAUGGGAUGUUGAUUUUGAAGGCGAGGCACACAGAGUCAACAGCAGUGUUGAUCCCCGUGGAGAUGAAACGCCAACCCAGGCUGUGACCCGUCAUUUGAAUACAACCAUUCAGCCUGACACCACAGGAAACGCUCCUGAUACCGAUCAAGACCUGAAAAUGACACCGUACAUAUUGCUACCCCAGCAUGAGCCUUUCCCCAUGGCUGUGGUUAACCGAGAACCAUACGGAUCUCCAAACCAUAGCAGCACCCACAACCCCCAAGAUGCAGCCUUCGUCUCGGCAAUCAACAACGCGAAGCGCACGAUCUUCAUCCAAACCCCCAACAUGAAUGCCGAGCCCCUUAUCGAGCCUCUCUUGGCUGCACUCCGUCGUGGCGUCACUGUCAAGCCCUAUCUCUGUCUCGGGUACAACGAUGCAGGCGAAUUACUUCCGUUCCAGAAUGGUACGAACGAGAUGAUCGCUAACAGGCUCUACAACGCUCUUGAAACGGAUGAACAGAAGGCAAGACUUCAAGUACAUUAUUACGUUGGUAAAGACCAGAUUCAACCUAUUCACAACUCGUUUAAGAAACGUAGUUGCCAUAUUAAGUUAAUGAUCGUCGAUGAACAUGUUGCUAUCCAAGGCAACGGUAACUUGGAUACCCAGUCCUUCUUCCACAGUCAGGAAAUCAAUGUUAUGCUUGAUUCCCAGCUUGUCUGCCAGGCGUGGCUUGCGGCUAUCGAUCGCAACCAGAACACGGCCAAGUACGGUGCUGCAAGCUUUGAAGAUGGCUGCUGGCAUGAUCCGUCUACUGGCGAGAUUCCUCCUGGGUCUAUUGGUACAGACCCGGGACACUUCAGCUGGGCCAAGGGUGUCAUUGGUGCCGUGAAGCGAGUGAGGGGAGUUGGUGGGUUCUAG